AUGGAAUCAAAUCUUUCCGUGAAUUUCGAGGGAAUGUCGAUGAUUUUGCUGAGUUUCGAUAUCAUGAUUUGGAGCAAUUUGCUGAUCUUCGAGAGAAUAGCUACCGGGGAAUUCGAGGGAUUCGAGGAAGUCCGAACAGAGCUGAAAGAAGUGUUUCGCUCGGCGAGAAGGCGCAAUGUUCAAGCGGUUCGUGUUCACAUUGGAUCAACUCCGCACAGACCAUCUUACGUUUAUGAGCUACCGGUCUCAAUUUGUGACGCUGACGAUUCGACAAUGAGCGAUUGUGGGACUUGUUGUCAAGAACUAACCAAUGCCGAAAAGAGGACCCUAAAUCGACACUUCUUCACAACAUUUCCGGUGCUCGGCGAAAAAGCGAAACCACACGAUCGAGCAUUUCUCUUCAUACAAACGACAUCAAAUGUGAUCAGCGAGAACUUGGAAGAGACCGAGCUCGACGUUGAAAGCCUUGAUUCGAAGACGAAACGAAUUCAUCUUAAACACGAGGGAUGCCAACAACAAAGUGAGAAUCGAAGUGAAGAAUCGACGAAAAAUGGAUGGAUACGUGUUGUUCCAUUUAUUGUUUCGUCUAAAGAU